AUGGCUGAUGAAAAUGGUUCUGAGCCGAUCAAGCGCGAUGUGCGCAACCACAUGCUCUUCGAGGUGGCUACGGAGGUGGCCAACCGCGUGGGUGGGAUCUACUCGGUUUUGAAAUCCAAAGCGCCCGUCACCACCGCCGAGUACGGGGAACGGUAUACCCUGAUCGGUCCCUUGAGUAAAGCUUCGGCGGCCGUGGAGGUCGAGGAACUCACCCCGGCCAGCCCGGCUAUGCGGGAGACCAUCCAGUCGAUGAACGAGCGCGGCAUCGAGAUUGUCUACGGUCGCUGGCUCAUUGAGGGAGCUCCCCGCGUUCUCCUCAUCAACACCGGCACGGGUUACCGAUGGUUGGAUGAAUGGAAGGGCGAUCUGUGGAACACGUCCGGCAUCCCGUCCCCCGCUGCCGAUCAUGAGACCAACGAGGCGAUCGUCUUUGGAUACCUGGUGGCCUGGUUUCUGGGAGAGUAUAUCGCCCAUGAGCGCCGCCGGGCCGUUGUUGCUCAUUUCCAUGAAUGGCUGGCGGGUGUCGCCCUGCCGCUGACCAAGAGGCGACAUAUGGAUCUCACAACCAUCUUCACCACCCACGCGACACUCUUGGGUCGGUACCUUUGUGCGGGAUCAGUUGACUUCUACAACAACCUCCAACAUUUUGAUGUGGAUGCGGAGGCCGGGAAGCGUGGGAUCUACCACCGCUAUUGCAUCGAGCGAGCGGCCGCCCAUAGUGCAGAUGUCUUUACCACGGUAUCACACAUCACUGCCUUUGAGAGCGAGCAUUUGCUCAAGCGGAAGCCGGACGGAGUGCUGCCCAAUGGGUUGAACGUCAAGAAGUUCUCGGCUAUGCACGAGUUCCAGAACCUGCAUUCGCAGGCCAAGGAGAAGAUAAAUGAUUUUGUGCGCGGACAUUUCUACGGCCAGAAUGACUUUGAUCUCGACAACACCCUCUAUCUCUUCACUUCUGGUCGGUACGAGUUCCGCAACAAGGGUGUCGAUAUGUUCGUCGAGGGUCUGGCCCGCCUCAACCACCGGCUCAAAGCGAAUGGCUCAAAUAUGACGGUUGUGGCUUUUAUCAUCAUGCCUGCCCAGACCUCGUCUCUUACCGUCGAGUCGCUUAAGGGACAGGCCGUUGUCAAGUCCCUGCGAGACACCAUUGAGAACAUCGAGAAAGGGAUCGGAAGACGCAUGUAUGAGCGCUGUCUCGCUUGGAAGGAGGGGGACAACAUGCCGGACGAGAAGGAUCUCAUCACUAGUCAUGAUCGUGUGUUGCUUCGCCGUCGGCUCUUCGCCAUGAAGCGGCACAGCCUGCCUCCGAUUGUCACACACAACAUGAUCAAUGACUCGGAGGACCCCAUAUUGAACCAGCUGCGCCGCGUCCAGCUGUUCAAUCACGCCUCGGACCGGGUCAAGAUUGUAUUCCACCCCGAGUUCCUCAACUCCUCCAACCCGGUGUUGCCGCUGGAUUAUGAUGAUUUUGUCCGAGGAACGCAUUUGGGAGUGUUCCCAUCCUACUACGAGCCCUGGGGAUACACGCCGGCGGAAUGCACGGUUAUGGGUGUUCCCAGCAUCACUACCAACCUGUCCGGAUUUGGGUGUUAUAUGGAGGAACUGAUUGAGAACUCCUCCGACUACGGCAUUUAUAUCGUGGACCGUCGUUCCAAGGGCGUCGAUGACUCGGUGAACCAACUGACCGAUUUCAUGUAUCACUUCACGGAAAAGAGCCGCCGUCAACGGAUCAACCAGCGGAACCGAACUGAACGGCUGAGUGAUCUGCUCGACUGGAAGCGGAUGGGACUGGAAUACGUCAAGGCCCGUCAGCUGGCGUUGCGGAGAGCCUAUCCCUCGUCCUUUGAUGUCUCGGAGGAUUACUUCAACUACAUCGGAGGCACGGACCAGAAGAUCACCCGUCCUCUUUCAGUUCCUGGUUCUCCACGGGACCGCUCUGGCAUGAUGACCCCCGGUGAUUUUGCAUCUCUCCAGGAAGGCCGCGAGGGAUUGAGCACCGAGGACUACAUUGCAUGGAAACUGCCUGAGGAGGAGGAGCCGGAAGAACACUUCUAUCCGCUCACGUUGCGAACUCGCAAGUCCUCGGACCGUCCACAAUCGCCGCUGGACAGCAUCGCGCUCAAUGGCGGCCGGCAGUCGGAAGGCAGCCCGCAGCAAGAGUAA